AUGUUUCCUUUUUUCAGAAUUUUUAGAAAGAUAUCUUUUAGAAAAAAAAAUGCUGCAUUUGUUAGUUAUGAUACUGCAAACUAUGUUAUAGCUACCGAUAACGAUGAUAAUAAGCCUGGUACAUCAUUACUAAGCGUUGACCUUUCACCAGAACUGAAAGACGACCUACAAAUUUUUGAAGGUCGUCGUUCCUUGUCAAAUUCAACCAAUGUAAGCCAGGUAGCAGGCACUGAAUUUGCGGACUCUCAAUCAGUAAAUACUCCAGCAGCAAGCAUUCAAGUACCAGCCGUUGAAGUUAUAGACACUUUUUAG